AUGGCCUUCCGAAACUGGACCAUUCUCCUCAAUAUUCUUAUAUGCCUCAAUUUCCUACCACUUGCUCAUUCUUACAUUGCGAUUGAUGAGGUGAGCUGUACAGCUGAUCAAAGAUCCCAUAUUGCCACUGCGAUACUAGAGCUUUGGAAGCUCACCGAAAACGCACACACCAGUUUCAAGAAGCCGCAAGAUGCGUGGGUACUAAAAAUGUUCAGGGGUGAAUCAGCUUCGAAUAUGGGACAAGAGGCGGAAUGGGUCCAGAGUCAUUACCAGAUGAUAAUCGAGAUGUUUAGGCCAGGGGAUACUAUAACUCUAUUCUGUAGCGAUACGCAUCUCGAACAAGUCAAAGGCCCUUUCGGCGUGACGGAUCCAUGGGAUCGUGUUCGAGCGCAACCAAUCGAGCUGCCAAACGGAAAGGUCUGGGAUGACUGGCAAAACUGCAAGGAUAGCAAAAAGCUGGCAUACACGCUAGUCUCUACUAACGACAUCAUUCUUUGUCCCGAUAUGUUGGCCGAGUCAGAGAACAAUCUUAUCGAGUAUCAGGACACUCCUUCUAAGCUGAGGCGAUUCAUGGUCGACGACUUGGAUCAAACUCUUCCGAGGGCCCAGUACGAGGCGGACGUAAUGAGCAAGAUCAACUCCGCCAAUUAUGAUAGGAUUGAUAUCAUAUUUGGCAGAUCGCUAGCUGGUGUCAUCAUGCAUGAACUCUUUCACACUAAGGGUGGUGGAAAAUUCUCCGACUACGACGCCCCAAACGGUCCUGGUGGACUCUCAUACUGCUGGAAUGGAUGUAGGGAUCUGACGAAAAUGGGGUUAGAAGGCUUGACCAAGGCAAUCUCGAACCCGGACAGUUAUCGAUGGUACGCUAUAGCGACCUUCAUUCCAGGCAUUGAUUGGUCCGAACAGAUUGCGAUGCAGGUUGAGGCAGUGAAAAAGCUUCACGAGAAAUUGGCUGAGCUGGAAAGCCCCGAAGUACGACGCAGAUACCUUGCUGGCUGGAAGUAUUCGUAA